CAGAAGACACUGCAAGACCGUAUUAUAUCUUGAGACAAAGAUGAUCCAAUACCCAUAUUUGAUCUCCAGAGUAUCUGACCCUUUGCUUGCAUUAUCUAUAGGAGUGGCUGCUUAUUAUGUAUACGAACGCAGAGCCGGAAGACCUGAUGGACAUAGAUUGAACGAUUUGCUAUCCAGAAAAUACGGGAAGAACUAAAUUACAAACUCUAUUUAACGAUGUUACGAACUUGUAUAUACUCAGUUAUUCAACUUAUAUAAGAAGUUUAUAAGAAAAAGAAUAAAAUAUUUCAACUAGCCCAGUUGUUUUGUAGUUUAUGAAAAGCUUUAUCGGCCAAUACUUUACUAGGUAAAUCAUUAAGUAAGACUUGGUGAAGCUUAUUCCAUGUACUU